AUGGAGGACUACAAGUACUUGUUUAAAGUGGUUUUGGUGGGCAACGCAGGCGUCGGAAAAACCUGUUUGGUUCGCAAAUUCACUCAGGGUGUGUUCAACGCGACUCAGUCGGCCACGAUUGGCGUCGAUUUCAUGAUCAAGUCGAUGAUCGUCGGUAACGACAAGGUGAAGUUACAGAUCUGGGAUACGGCUGGCCAGGAGCGCUUCCGAUCCAUCACGCAGAGCUACUAUCGUUCCGCGCAUGCCAUCAUCUUGGUCUACGACGUUGCCAGCCAACCGACGUUCGACUUUCUGCCAGACUGGUUGGCCGAGAUCGAGCAAUACGCUAACCAGAAUGUGUUGAAGAUUCUUGUAGGUAACAAAUGCGACAAGACAGAGGAGCGCGAAAUCCCAGUAGCUAUUGGUCAGGAAUUCGCGCAGCGCAACGGCUUUGACUACUUUCUGGAAACCAGUGCGUUGAACUCUGCGAACGUCGAUGUUUUGUUCACGGAGGUGGCAGGCCGGCUGAUUCAAGACGUACGCACCUACGAAUCUAAGUACGUUUAG